AUGAAACAAAAGCCACCUCUGGCAACCAGAACUCCUUACAAAUGGCCUAUUGAGAGAAAUGCAGGCUUUAUAGAGAGACAAAACUAUGUGCCUUUCUACCCUGACAUUGACCCAAACCUUAAAUCAAAUUACAAAAAGAUUAUUCGUACAGAAAAGAAAUUUAGUUACAACGAGUUUUACUCAACUAUGAAAGAGAUAAACGGGAAUAAUGAGGAAGAACCCUAUACUCGAACAGAUGUUGCUCCUCGAAUAACAGCGUCUGCACCUUCUAUAGGAUUUAGUAAGCUACCACCUUUAGGAAGAGCUCCAGCAAAUUUACCUCCAAAAGUUACCUUCCAGAACCAGAACUCUCAAGGUACUCUUGAAGAAAGUUCAUUCUAUUCUUCUGAUGGAAGUCAAAUGUUGGGGGUUCCACUGAGGAAGAUACCCAAAAUGAGCCCUCUUCAGAAGAAAGGAGAGAUUCAGUAUGUACAAAAAAUCUCAGAAUUGAGUACUUAUGACCGUAUCUCACCCAACCGUAUUUCAAUCUACAACUUUCAGAAAUAAGCACAAACCACUCAUAAAAACCCAAGAUAGCCAAAAAUCCUCAAUAAUGACUCGAAAAUGGAAACGAAAAAGGUUAAUUUUUAACCGCUACCAGCACCAAAAAUCCCAAAACGCCACUACAAACCUACCCAAAUUCCAAGUUUCUAGCUCCCCAACUUUCCUUCCUACAGCUACAUUCAAAACUUCCCAGACUAUUAAUUCCUAAAACCCCGCUUACUGUCACUAGAAAGUUAGUUUCAG